AUGGUCACCUACAGCGACCUCGCCGCCCUCCUCCCGCUCACCGUUCCCGUCCCGACCCUCGCCUCGCACCCUCACCUCGUGCGCGUCGACCACCUCUCGACCGAGCACGACCUCCUGCGCAACCCAGACAGCCUUGAGCGCUGGCAGGCCUACCUCCAAGUCGUCCACGACGAGACCGACGCCGCCCUGCGCGACGCCCGCGGCCAUGCUUCCGGCGUCGAGCGCAUCCUCCUCGGCGACCGCCUGUCGACCGCCCAGGGCCGCGACUGCCUACAGCGCCUCACCGACCUGUACGAGCGCGCCCUCGCCCACCACCCGCGCAGCUACGCCCUGUGGCACAAGUACCUGCGCACCCGCGCCCUCUUCGUCCUCGGCCAGCCCGCAAACCCGCUCAAGCUCGGCGCACCCCGCAAGCGCCGCGGCGACGACGGCGUUGGGCGCACCAUGACCGAGUGGCUCGAGGCGGGCAAGGGCGAGGUCGACGACAUCGAGGACGGCGAGCGCGACUACGAAUCCCAGUGGGACGGCGCCCUCGACGGCGUCCUCGGCUUCGACGAGUGGCGCUCGCUCGCCGCCGCGUACGAGCGUGCCCUCAUGUUCCUGCCUCAGAUGCCCCGCCUGUGGCUCUCGUACCUCACCCUGUUCGUCCACCCGUCGUGCCCCUCGGCCCUGUCGCACACCCACGCCCGUCGGACGUUCGACCGCGCGCUGCGCACCCUCCCGCCCUCGCUCCACGAGCGCAUCUGGCACCUGUACCUCACCUGGGCCUCGCCCUCGUCGCCCGCGGCCCCCUCGGCGUCGACCAUCGUCCACGUGUGGCGCCGGUACCUCGAGCGCGACCCGUCCCCGACCUCGCACUACAUCCGCAACGUCCUCCUCGCCCUCGAACCCGCACCGCGCCCGCUCGAGGCCGCAAAGCGGCUCCUCGCCCUCGCGCGACUGACCCACUCGGGCCAGUACAAGCACCCGACCGGCGCCGCGGGCGAGUUCAAGAGCGCCCACCAGCUCGUCGUCGAGUGGCUCGACGUGUGCGAGCAGUUCCCGGACGAGGUCGGCCUCGACGCCGACGAGAGCGAGCGGCUGCGCGAGGAGCGGGCGGCUGCCGCCUCGGCGUCGUCGGGCGAGGGCGCGCUCGAGGUCGCGACCAACGGCGCCGCCGCCGCCGCCGCAGUCGACGGCAAGAAGGCCGCCCGCGCCGAGCUGCCGCCCCUCGACGCGGCCACGCUCGACCCGACCUCGCCGACCAAGCUCGACGUCGACCACCUCGUGCGCACGCACGGCCUCGCCCUCUUUGGCGACCAGGCCGGGCGCCUGUGGACCGGCCUCGCGACGUACUGGAUCAAGCGCGGCGAGUUUGCCGUCGCGCGGCGCACGUUCGACGAGGCGCUCGACGCCGUCGUCACCUUGCGCGACUUUACCCAGGUGUUUGACGCGUACGCCGAGUUUGAGGAGAGCUACAUCUCGGGCCUCAUGGAGGCUGUUGCCGACGCCGAGGACGAGGGCGAGGGCGACGACGAGGACAAGAAGGACGACGAGGACGAGCUCGACGAGCGCAUGAGGGCGUUCGAGGACUUGAUGGACCGCCGGCCGUUCCUCGUCAACGAGGUGCUGCUGCGCCGCAACCCGAACGACGUCCAAGAGUGGGAGAAGCGCGUCGCACUGUUUGGCACCGACGACGAGAAGGUCGCCGAGACGUACACGCUCGCGACGACGUCGCUCAACCCUCGCAAGGCGGUCGGCGCCUUCCACCUCCUGUGGGUCCACUUUGCCAAGUUUUACGAGCAAGGGGGCACGACGGGCGACGCCGACCGCGACCUCGCGAGCGCGCGCAAGGUGUUUGAAAAAGCUGUGCGUGUCCCGUUUCGCCGCGUCGACGAGCUUGCCGAGGUGUGGUGCGAGUGGGCAGAGAUGGAGGUCCGCAACGAGAACUACGACGAGGCGAUCAAGGUGAUGCAGCGCGCGGCGGCCAUCCCCAAGAACUGGAAGACGAUCUCGUUCCACGACGACAACCUGCCGCCGCAGCACCGCCUGUUCAAGUCGCUCAAGCUGUGGUCGUUCUACGUCGACCUCGAGGAGUCGAUCGGGACGGUCGAGACGACAAAGGCCGUGUACGACCGCAUCUUUGAGCUCAAGAUCGCCAACGCCCAGGUCGUCAUCAACUUUGCCAACUUCCUCGAGGAGAACGAGUACUGGGAGGAGAGCUUCAAGGUGUACGAGCGCGGCGUCGACCUGUUCACGUUCCCGAUCGCGUUCGAGAUCUGGAACGCCUACCUGAGCAAGUUCAUCAAGCGCUACGGUGGCACCAAGCUCGAGCGUGCGCGAGACCUGUUCGAGCAGGCCCUCGAGACGUGCCCGCCCAAGUACUGCAAGCCCCUGUUCCUCCUGUACGGCCAGCUCGAGGAGGAGCACGGCUUGGCCAAGCGCGCCAUGGCCGUGUACGACCGCGCGACGAGGGCCGUCGAGGCCAAGGACCGCAUGGAGAUGUUCACCUACUACAUCGCGCGCGCCACGUCGUCGUUCGGCCUCCCCGCGACGCGACCCAUCUACGAGCGCGCGAUCGAGGCCCUCCCCGACUCGCAGACGGCCGAGAUGUGCCUCCGGUUCGCGGCGCUCGAGCGCAAGCUCGGCGAGAUUGACCGGGCGCGGGCGGUGUACGCCCACGCGAGCCAGUUCUGCGACCCGAGGACCAACCCCGAGUUCUGGGCCCAGUGGAACGCGUUCGAGAUCGAGACGGGCUCCGAGGACACGUUCCGCGAGUACCUGCGCAUCAAGCGCGCCGUCCAAGCCGCGUUCAACACCGAGUCGUCGUACCUGUCGGCCAAGCUCGCCCAGAUGCAGAAGGGCGGCCAGGCGGCGCGCGAGGCCGUCGAGGGCCAGCAGGUCGUCGACCCUAUGGCGGCGCUCGACCAGGCGACGGGCGUGCGCGGCUUUGUCGCGGCGAGCACGGGCGUCGUUGGCGGCCAGCAGCAGCCAGGGGCGGCGCACGAGGACGGCGAGGGCCAGCCGGCCAACGCCGACGAGAUCGUCAUGGACGACGAUGACGACGACGACGACGAGUAGUACACUGUGCGGGUCGUGCAAAAGGCGCCGGCAGUGAGCAGAG